AAAUUUAAACAAUUUUUGGGGACAAAAACAAAAAAAAAAUUGGAACGACUUUAACGAUUUUUCGUUUUAAAAUUCAAAUGUCGCACAUGUGAAAGUCGCCUGUGUUACAAAAAUUGACACAUGCUUUGUUUAUCAAUAAAAAUAACUGAGUCUGAAUCUAAAUUAAACCAAAUUUACGAUGAAUUACCGCUUGAUCCGACAAACUAUUAAGAUUUUCGAAUCACACAAAGGACUUUUCACAUCACGAACAUCAAAUUUCGCUCAAAAUCCCGUAAAAUCCUUUCAUUUUGGCGUCACAUGUCUCGCACCUCGUUUCGCCAAAGACACAAAAGAGCAUGAAAUCAUUGAACUGCCUUCAGAAGAGCCGGCUUCCGACAAAAAACCGAGAAAACCUUCGGAUAUCCAUCAAUGGCAGGAAGUCGAACACGGGAUGUUUCACACAAAAAAGUCAAAAACUGUCGAAAUUCCCAAAAUGAAGUUCAAAGGAAGUCGAGCUUUUGUUCAGAAAGAUGCACCUUUCGACAUGAAUGAAAUCGACAAGAUAUCCAAGGGCGGUAAAAAACCUAAAAAAGAGAAUUUCAGACCUCCUCAGCCGAAAAAAGAGAAAAAAGCACCUGAGGAAAGAUACGAUCCUGACAUCGGAAAUUAUUUGAAACUCGAACGCGAUGAUCCAAUAAUCGAUAAAAUCAUGAUGAGUGUGACUUCGAAGAAGCAUCAAGAAAAAACCGAACGAAAACUCGUUCUCGAGGGACGUCGUUUGAUCCAAGAAGCCAUUGAAGCGGGACUUCAACUCGAAACCCUGAUUUUCAGCAAAAUUGAACAAGUUAAACCGAUUUCUAAUGAAAUUCUCCGUUCAAAAGCCAAAAAAUACAAAGUCGCGAAUCACAAUUUGAAGCUUUGGAGUCAACUUACUACCACGCCAGGUAUUUUAGGCAUCUUUAAUCUCCCGGCAAACUUCAACGAACUCAUCGAAAAGCGACGACGCCCGACAGAUGUCAUGCCCGUGACCAUCAUCUUGGACAAUAUUCGUGAACCGAACAACAUGGGAGCGAUAAUUCGUGUUGCUGCUGCUGCUGGCGCCGAUCAAAUUAUUCUCACAAAGGGCUGCACAAACCCAUGGGACUUGAAAUGCAUUCGAGGCUCGUCAGGAACGCAUUUUAGCGUGAAAAUUAUCGGACCUGUUGAAUGGAAUGAGGUUGAGGAACAUCUGCCAGACACUUAUAAUUAUUACAUCGCCGACAAAGAAUCGAAUAAUGAGAAGCUUCCGUUGCUCGAUUAUUAUUCAGUCGAUUUCAGCAUGUCGCAAGAAGGAAAUAAACAUCUUGUGCUUGUGAUGGGAGGCGAAUCGCAUGGCGUUAGUGAAGAAGCGAAGAUUAUUUUGGAGGAAAUUUUAGCACAAAAACUUGGAAAUGGGGCAAUUGUGCGGAUUCCAAUUGUGCAAAAGGUUGAUAGUUUAAAUGUGGCUUCAGCAAUGUCAGUUUUGCUCUUUGAGAUAAGGCGUCAACUGAAUUUAAGUCAAAAUGAAUGAAUAGUAUUAGAUAGUUUAGAAUAAAUUUGACAGUGAAAAAUAUGAAAUUUUUGAUUUUUUUAAUGAAA